UAUUCGGAAAUACUGUAAAUUUUGUAGACUGAUUUCAUUUCAUUUUUGAACUGGAAUAUAGGAAUAUCAGAAAAAUAUCGCGAUAUAAGAUUUCACCUAAAUAUGAACGGCGCCACUCUUAUCGUCCAAUUUUAACACCGACUCUAUAAGACCCUCUCAUAUCAUCUUGAGGGUAAAAUUUAAUGUCGCCUCUUAUUUAUGUAUAAUACAAUAUUCUAUAUUUAACUCCAUUACUUUGUGUUUGAAUUGAUCAGAUCGUAUGUCAGCUAUAUGCUAUAGUGUUCUGAUAUCAGAGGUUCUGACAAAUAAGCAGCUUCUUGAGCCGAUUUUAAUCUCUCCCAAAUGCGCUUUAUAUCAGUCAAGUUGUUUUGUGAGAAAGGUGGUGUUAUUAAGAAACGUUUGAAAAUGUGUACAACAGACGAUUAAAAUUACAUUUCCUGAGAACAUUAUCGUACGUUUAAAAGUUUCAAAUAUAAUUUUUAAAUGAGAGAUGUGCGUGAUGGUGUUACUCCAUGUACAAUAUAGUAAGAAAUCUUAAAUAGCAAUGUACCCACCCGUUUUGUUUGACACAUUCAACAUUUUAAAGCAGUUCAUUAUGUUACAAGUUUUACAAAUUUGUAUGUAUGUUAAAUACAGACGGACGGAUGGGCAUACGGACGUCACAACCAAUAUGUUCUUUUAAAUCAUAAAACGCCUACAGUGAGUAAUCCGCACAUUUAAUGUAUUCUCUUUAAAAUGUGAACUCUUACGUGACUGAUCUGUCCACAUUGAUUUAAUUCAUUUGAGUGCCAUAAAGAGGACGUCCACCUUCUGAAAAGGGGAUAUAAAGUUGUGCUUAUGCACAAUAAAUGGUAACGAACACAAGAAACACACGAAGAUGGCUAUACUGCAGUCUUGUUGCUGUUGGAAGACAGUGCGUACCGGCAGCAUGGCAAGUGCCACCUACACUUUGGUAUACUUUGGUUUCUCCACCGUUGUUAUGCUCAUUACUGUUUACGAUGAACAGGAGUUUCUGGCUGGCAGCAGAGAGCAACCAUUAGGAGAAAGCAUCCUAGCUAAGGGAGAGAUAACACCGGUUAUUGUUCUAUUUAAUAUUCUCUUUCUGGUUUGCUCGUUCUUCAUCGUCAUAUCGUCGCUGUUAACAUUCGUGGGGCUGCAGCAGAAUCGUCGUCAACUUCUGUUACCCUGGAUUGUUUUCAUGCUUUGCGAUGUGCUGAUCGAAAUUCUUCACUUAGUCUAUUUGUCAUUUACGCAAAUGGUGAACUUCGAUCCCGUAGUCGGCUUUAUAUUCACCAUCGACUUUUUUAUAAUGUGUCUAAAUUCUUACUGUCUGCUGUGCGUGAUAUCGCAAUAUCAAAAUUACUUGCAAGGACUUGGUUGCGGGAAUCAACAGAAACGGAUGGAUACAGUGAUACAGUCAGCUGAUGGUGGAGCUGGCUCGAGUCAGAAUCAUCUGCGUGCAAAGAAAAUAGAAAAAGCUAUCGCCAGUCCUCACAUAACAACAAAUCCGCACACGCACAUUUCAACGAUACAUGAAGAGAUGGAUCAAAAUCAUAAAAUUCCUACGGAUUCAGCGGAAGUGCCGAGCGAAUUGGUUGAUGACAACUGCUUACACAUAACUGUCAGCAUUCCGUCUCCGUUAUAAACGUGACAUUACCAACGCUUUCUUCUCUACCGUGACGGAGAGUAACACAAGCAGUAGCAAGAGCAGCAUCAGGAUUUGCAACGAAUGCAUGCAACACUUUUUUGCAUAUGAAAUAGAGAAGCUAUCGUUGCAGCUAUAGUACAUGCAUUUGAAGCUACCUUAGUGCUGCGAAAAUACAUAUAAGGUCUGUGAGCGAUAAAAAUGUAGGCGAAAUUUCGGUGAAGAAAGGAAAAGAAGAAUAUUUUCGAAGUCGCACACAAUAUAUGUAUUCCACCAAGUGCAUACUUCUUUGUCAAUUUAACAACAUAAUUUUUGAGCUGCUUCGCUGCUCAGCAUUCCCUGGUUUACAUGUGUAUGUGCAUAGUUUUUAGUAAAAUAAAGUGCACACAUAUAUACAAACUAACUACGAAA